UCCUUCUUAUCACUCGACGCUUACAUCGGUUUUUAUCAUCGUUUGGGCUCCCCAAUACCGACCACCGAAGCCCUGUGUUGUUCGCCGGCCGAGCAAAAUCAUUAGCAGUAGCCAUCACCUCCAGCUUCGUCUCGACUUUGAACGAAACUUCCAUCGAUCUCUCCUCCCUUGUCAGUCUGUCGGUUGCAAGCCUCUACUAUCACUGUUGCAAGCCAGAUCGGAGAUUCCAUCCUCAAGCUUAGUCUUUAACUUUUAAUGGCGAAUCCCCUGCAGUCCUUCUCAUCAUCGAUAUUUUGUUGAAGCAGUUGAUGGCGUUUCAAUGGUCAGUCCUAUACUUCCUUGUUCUAUUGCAAGUUUCCUUCACUCCAAUCUUCGCCGGAUCCAGUGGGGAAGAAGAGUUCUCUGAGGAAUUGCUCCUGAGGCCCUUGCCUGAUCGGAAGGUCCUUGCUCAUUUCCAUUUUGAAAGCAGAGCACCUCCUACGGAGAUCUAUGGCCACCAUCACCGUCUCUUCCCAAAAGCCAUUUAUCAGCUGGUCCAAAAGUUCCAAAUUCGGGAAAUGGAGUUGUCAUUUACACAAGGCCGCUGGAACUAUGAACGAUGGGGUGGAUUCAACCCCAUCACAAGUGCCAAUGCCAAGCCUCCUGGAGUAGAGUUGUGGGCCAUUUUGGAUGUACCUCCUGAUCAGGUUGAUGCUAGCUGGAAGAAUUUAACUCACACUCUUUCAGGUCUUUUUUGUGCUUCAAUCAACUUCCUAGAGUCUUCAACUGCUUAUUCUUCUCCAGAUUGGGCAUUUCAGCCAUCAUCAAGAAGUCUUAGAUAUGGUGCAUUGCCACGAGAAGCUGUUUGCACUGAGAACCUAACUCCUUGGUUGAAGUUGCUGCCAUGCCGUGACAAAGCAGGGCUUGCUGCAAUAUUGGAUAGACCAUCAAUUUAUAGAGGAUUUUAUCAUUCACAGCGGCUGCGGUUGACCUCAACUGAAGUUGGUUCAGAAAAAGGGAUGGAAUCCGGAAUAGUACUUGAACAGACCCUCACUAUUGUCCUUGAACCUGAUGCCCAAAGACCUAACACGAAUCAUCUUGGUGGAAGAGUAUUACAACCAAGUUGGUCUCUUAGAUCAAUUUUUGGAAGGGAAAUCAGUGGACGAUGUGUUCUUGCAAAGUAUAGUACAGUAUUCAUUGAAGUGGAAAGGAAUUUAGUCUCUGAGCUCAAGAAGCUAGGAAGAAGACGUGGGGUUGCUGAAAUUGCUUCUGAUUCUUGGACUGACCCAUUUUUUGACUUGUCUGUUACCCCCGACAAAACCAUUAAAGAGAUGAAUGUAACACAUGGUGAUAGCUCAUCUAUUCUUUAUGAGUUCUCCACUGAAAAAUACCUUGAUUAUGAACCAUUUGAUGUAGGGUUAACAUGGAAGCUUCCUGUAGUGUGGUCAAGUCCUCAAGCACCAUUUCGUGCUAGUAGGUUUUUAAUAGGAAGUGGGAAUCAAAGGGGUUCUAUUGCAAUUUCCUUGAAAUCUACAGAACCUGGUGAGGGAUUUAUGAGCGAUCUUGCUAGAGAAGGGUGUACAGUGCGGGUUGAUGUUUUCCAGGUUGUGCCUUGGUAUGUCAAAGUUUACUUCCAUACUCUACAAGUUUUUGUUGACGGACGACACAGGAGGGUUACAGAUGCACUGGAGAAAAUUCAUGUCUCACCAUCUGAAGACAAGGUGUCACCCGGUCUUAUGGAGAUGGUCCUGAGGUUCCCUUGUAGUAUGAAGUCAGCUACACUAACCAUUGAAUUUGACAAGGGAUUUUUACACAUCGACGAAUAUCCUCCAGAUGCUAAUCAGGGAUUUGACAUUCCAUCAGCUGUAGUUAGAUUUCCUGACUUCCAAGCAAGCACAUAUUAUCUGAAAGACAACUCAAGAAAGUCAGCCCUAUUGUCAAAAUUCCAGGAAAAGAAUCUUCUUCUGUCUUAUACAGAAAUCUUACUUGUGCCUCUUGCUACCCCUGAUUUUAGCAUGCCUUACAAUGUCAUAACAAUCACAUGCACAGUAUUUGCUUUGUAUUUUGGAUCACUGCUCAAUGUGUUAAGGAGGCGCGUUGGCGAGGAAGAAAGAUUCUUAAAAGAAGCUAGCAUGAGGAAAGGUAUGCUUCCUCAGCUUCUAUCCAAGUUGUCUGCAAAGCUACGUGGAAAGUAUAAAGAUUCACCCCAGUCAUCAUCAUCUUCAUCAUCCUUAUUGAAUCCAAAGCUUAUGUUCAAGGUUGCCUUGGUGGCUGGGAUUGCAGUUGGUUGGCAUUAUUAUUUUGAAUGAUAGUCAGCGUUAAAUCAACAUGAUACAUCUCUUGUACAAUACGUGAUUGAAGCAGGAACAAUUUUAGUGACCUAACCAAAAACAAAAUGAAAAAAGAAAGUUCUCUCUUGUUGUCAGAUGCUGUAACAUUGAAUUGUAAUCAAAUUUCCUUUGAUAUAUUAGUUUGACGAACUGGUUGAGGAUGGGUUUCUGAUUCA